GUUUCCUUUCGACUGGAGAUGAUUUGGUACCUGGAAACGCUGGAUUGAAAGAUCAGAAUUUGGCCUUAAAGUGGGCCAAUCAGUACAUCCAUCAUUUUGGUGGUGAUCCAACCAAAAUUACAAUUUUUGGUCAGAGUGCUGGCUCUGCUUCUUGUGCUUAUCAGAUUAUGAGUCCGUUAUCUAAAG